CACGUUUAGCUCAGCAGGAAGCUGUGCUAAUUCAAUAAAAAGCAACAUUGCCAAGUGUCCCUCCCUGGUGACGCGGAGACGCGUUAACACACGUAACAAUUGGACACGAGUGUUCACAACGCACGCCUGUAAUAAUAUUGCCAGCACGGAGAAAUAAACCCCAGCGCUUAUUGUCAUCCAUCAAAAUGACGCACGUUUUGGAGAGUGAGAGAGGGAGAGGGAUGGUCGACGAGUGAACUAUAAAAGAUGAGGUCCGCUCACGAGAAAGCCAAUCAAGCUCCAUUAGGCGAGAAGACCUUAAAGGAAGUGGAUUGGCUCCGUCAACUGGUGAAGUGCGAAGGCGUUGAGAAGCAUGCUUGGGAGAGCCGCGGCGUGCGUGCUGCUGGUGGCGCUGGCCGCGUGCGGCGGCGGCGGUGGCGGCUUGCAGGCUCAAGCCGUCAGCGGCGCACUCUUGCUCAGGGACUACGGAGUCAAGCUGUGCGGGAGGGAGUUUGUACGAGCCGUCAUUUUCACCUGCGGAGGCUCCCGCUGGAAGCGGCUCAACGACGCAGACUUCGCCUUCGAGUGGAAGCCCCACAGUGACGUCACAACCAAGAGCAAGCAGCCCACCUUCCACACUCGCAACCUUCUUUCCCAGCGUACCUCCUCCACCUACUUUUCUUCCAACUCCCCGGCGGAAGUUUUGACCCGUCACGCAGCUCCGAGCAAGAGUGACGAGCCCGAUUCAUUCAAUGAUUUAGGUGUGCUGGCUAAAGUAGUGUGGCCUAGAAACAGCAGCAGCAGCAGGACGAGGAGGCACUUUUCUCAGGGUGUCGCAGGCAUUUGCUGCAGCCAAGGCUGCACUAAGAAUGAUAUAGGACGCUUGUGUUGAGGUGCCCAGCGAAGCAGUGUCAUCAUGUAAAUAUCUCCUAACAAAUUAUCUGCAUUUUGUUUGAAAAAAAACAACAUCUUUCACUUUAUAAAAAAUUUAAUAAAAUCUAUCAUAUGUAACAACACGGUUGAAUUCAUGUCCACAGCUAAGAUGUACUUAAAAGAGGGAGUCCAACUAGAAAAGUGACUCAAGGAUUCGAUGUUUAUCAUCACAAUACUACAAUAGACAACGGUUUUUCAAUAAAUUAGAGUAUGGUGGAAAACUUAAUUUAUUUCAGGACUACGGUUCUAUUCAAAAAAAGUGAUACUUGUACACUGUAUCGAUUCACUACACAGAAUUAAAUAUUUUGUGAUUUUUAAACUUAACUCAUUAUAGCUUUCAAC